AUGGCAGCUCUCGCACAAAACACAGCACCAGCGACAUCUGUUCCUGCUGUGGCUGGUAUGGGGACAAGUCUAAACCCUCAGGAGGCGCCUAACAGCGGGGAUGUACCAGACGCACCUCUGGAUCUCACAGAGGCCCUCGUGGAUGUAGCUGAGGGUACAAUCACCGCUGCUGAGCCUGUCAACGCCCAGCCACCUCUCGUUGUUUCUCGCGCACUCACUCCAUCUGCAGGGUCCCAUGAAAUCGUACGGCUCUGUUCUGAAGUGGAAGACCUCCAGAACUCAUUGAAGGUAACGCAGGAGCGCGCCCUCGACUUGCAGAUCGCGCUGGACAAUAAGGAGGCGGCGUACGCCAGCAUUUCCCUGCGUUUCCAAGAGCAGGAUGCUUUGAUCCAGGCCCCCCGCCAACAAAUUGCGAACACCACCAACUCGAAUGGCGUUGUUGUCAACACCGCCAUUCUGCCCACGUACGACCUGCAGUUGUUGCCAAAGGACCAAAACAAUGUCGUCAUCGUCCCGGCAAUGCUAGACCAGUACCACCUGUUUGGGAAAAAGGCACUGGAGGCCUUCACCUACAUGACAACAACAGCACCGGCGUGGAGGAUUCUCUUCUAUCCGUCGUGGCCCGAACUGCGGGAGAUGAUGGCGGAGAAGUACGCUGAAGCUGGAGUCACGAGGGAUACGUAA